ACUCAAAGAAGUGCUGACCCUAAUGAUGAUUCUAUCGCCUGCCUUCCGGAGAACACUGUUCUUUGUUUCUCAAAGUGAUUCAUUUCGAAUUAUAAUCCCGCUUCGAUAGGCAUCAGUGGUGACUUUUACUCGCUCUCAACUCACCUGUCGGCUGCUCUACAUUAUAUAGAUACACGCCCGCUAUGGCGAUAGGAUGUGGCGUUUCCAGAGAAGAUCGUUCUAUGUUCUUCACACUGGACGGUGUUUUCGUAGGCUCACCAUUUCCACCGGUCAAGGACGUAGCCUCAAUAUCUUUUCCGUACGUGAGUGGAGAACGUCUGUGCGUCAAUUUCGGUCAAAAGCGCUUCUCCUAUCCCGUGGCUGACAGAGAGGUCGUUCGGAAGCGCAUGGCUUCCAUUCUGAGCGAUCAGUCGCUGAACUACAUCACGACCAUCUUUGUGGAGGAAGUGGGCGAACAAGAUCCGGUCGGACUAUUUGAUCUGUUGCGCGGCACAGAUGCUUGACAUAAUUGUAAAAGAUAUGAUUUAUUGAAAAAAUAGACAUAUGGAAGGCCAGGUUUGGGACAUGAUUAUAUUUUUGAACAGUAUUAUUUUAUUCAAAACAUAGUCGAGGCGAUGUUGGA